UGACGUCGCAGUCAGUUUCCAGUGUUUUCAUAUCGUGGUGACACUUUUUUUUGUUGAAUUUCUGUUGUUAUAAAUAUUUGUCGCUAUUAUGCCCGAGCGUUGCGUGGCGGGCUUUUGUUCGAACACUCGAGCAGACGGAGUUAGCUUGUUCACCUUUCCUAAAGACCCAAUUCGCCGCAGCAAAUGGACCAGGCAAGUGCAGCGAACCCGAGCAAAAUGGAUGCCGUCCAACUCGUCGGUAUUGUGCUCGGCACACUUCGAGGACACUUGUUUUGAUGCUAGUCCUCAGUUGAAGGAAAGUUUAGGACUGGGUGUGUAUUGGCGGAGGGUUCUUCUACCGUCAGCUGUCCCGACUAUUUUUCCUCCACCCAGACCGGGUGCGAGUCAAAACGCCGGGACCGACGUAGACGGCAGUACGAAAAAACCCAGGAGACGUUCCACAGUGGACAAGCGUGCCAAGCUGACACCUGAAGAUGCACACUGGGACAUGGCAACCCAGGUUGCAGCAGAAAGUCGGCCACCCUCAAGGACUGUUUCGACUCAGUAUCGGCGAAGAUGUCCCUAUAAAGAACAUCUUCCCCCUCAGCAGCAGUCGAGGAACUCCAUGAUGGAGGACAUUAAAAAGGAUGUGGAUCCACAACUCCUCGUCAUUAAAGACGAAAAGGGAGCACCACAGCCGCUCUACAUCAAAGAGGAAGAGGCGCAUCACAGCAUCAGUCAGGAAGGAGAGCAUCUUGAAGGACUGGAGGAGUUCCCGGUGAUUGUCAUCAGCGUGAAGAGUGAAGAUAAUUAAGGUUGGAGUGAGGAGACGAGAGAGUGGCGGAGCAUUCCAGCAGCAGUUCUACUCGAUGGAGACCAAGCACACAACCAUCAGAUAGUGACGACGUAACGUCACGCUGUCCUGACGCUAAACUUUCAAACUGUGAAUGUGAAGUACUACACUGUAGUACUUAGUAUAGUAUAUAUGUUAUGUGUUUCAUAGUAAUGUCGACUUGUAACUUGCAUGCUGAAAAAGCAUGAGCACACCUGACAGACGUGUGUUCCCGGGAUCGUCAUGGAAACGUUACCAAUCAGGGGAACCUUUUAUGUGUGACACUCUUACCUGAAAAGACACGAGGGAAGUACCGGACCAGAGUGGGAGACAACUUUCUCAAACAAAAGAGGAGCACGUCAGGAAAUGGACGCUGUUUUCAUGAAGACAUCCGUGAAGAACAUCUUCCCCCUGAGCAGCAGGAGUGGAACUCCAUGAUGGAACAGAAGGAACCACAGCCUCCUGAUCUUAAAGAGGAAGCAGAGGAGCUACAGCACGCCCACAUUAAACAGGAAGCGCAGGAGCCACGGCACCCUUGCAUUAAAGAGGAAGAGGAGGUGAUUGAGGUUGCUGUGAAGAGUGAAGAUGACAACGACGACGACGAAGAUCAAGGUGAGGAGAAGCGAGAGGCGGAGCUUCUAAGCAGCAGCCCAAAUCAACACACGACAACAGAAGCUGAUGGAGACCACCGUGGAGACCACUUGGCUCCACUAUCGGAUCACGACGACACAACGUCACACUCUCCCGACACCGAUGAUGGCGACUCUGAAGCUGAUAUGACGCGUCACGCCGACAACGCGCGCUGGAAAUGCUGUCAAUGUGACAAAACCUUUGCUCACAAGAGAAAUCUUUCAAAGCACAUGAGAGACGCAGGAGAGAAACAUUUCACCUGCUCAGUUUGCGGCGCAAGAUUCUCCGUGCGGUCAAAUCUGAAACAACACACAAGUAUACACACAGGAGAGAAACCGUUUCUUUGCGCUGUGUGUGAUAAAAGAUUCUCACGAGCACAUUAUUUAAAAAAACACACAAGACGGCACACUGGAAAGAAACCUUUUCCUUGCACAGUGUGCGGGAAAACAUUUUCGGAAAACGGUGGUUUAAAAACACACACAAGAAUACACACCGGAGAGAAACCUUUUCCUUGCAUGCUGUGCGGUAAAAGAUUCUCUCAGCCGUCACAUUUGAAAAACCACACAAAAACACACGCUGCAGAGAAACCGUUUCCUUGUACGGUGUGCUGUAAAAGAUUCUCUCAGAUAUCUUAUUUAAAAAAGCACACAAAAAUACACACCGGAGAGAAACCUUUUCCUUGCACGGCGUGUGGGAAAAGAUUCCUUCAAAAAUGUGAUUUAGAAAGACACGCAAGAGUACACACCGGAGAGAAACGUUUUUCCUGUGCAGUUUGUGGUAAAAGUUUCUCUCAGAAGAUAUCUUUGACGGUGCACGCAAGAACUUGUGAACAUUUUGAAAGGACGCCGUCCGUCAAGUAAAAAAAAAAAAAGUAUCACUAUGGAGGACUAAUCAAAACUUCUAUAGAUGUAGCCUCCUUAAACCUUGUGUUUCUUCAUGCAAUCAUAGACACACUCGAUGUUGAGAUCAGGGAUCUGUGAAGACCAAGUCGCUACUUCCAGGACUUCCUGUUAUUUACGCUGAAGAUAGUUCCUAAUGGGGUCAUUGUCCUUGUCCAAAUAAAUGUUUGACCAAUCAUACGCACUUCAGAUGGUACUGCACGAUGAUAUUUCUCAGCAGUGAGGACGCCAUUAGCCCUGACCAAAUCUUCAGGGCCCCAAACUGGCAGGGAGCCCCCACCAUGCUCCACGGUUCAUUAAUGUGCCGCCACCCAGGCCUUCAGCCAACAAACUGCGUGUUCUUGCAUAGUUGAGUCUUUGGGUCUUGUUUCUAGCUACAACUCAUCCACAAAGACCACUUCUGGACAGAAUUCUCCUGACAGUAGAUGGGUGUCAUUGUUUAUUUUUUUAGUUUACAACAUUUUUUCACACUUUUUCUGCUGUCACAUUUGCUAGCUUGCAAUGCUCCGUCUAAUUUAAAUAAACACUU